CCUACUCUACAACACUCUCCACCUGCACAAUCAUGUCCUGGACUAGGACCUUUUGUGUGGGUUUGAUUUUAUUGCAGAUCCUGGGGGCAUCUGAAGGAACGCUGCACUUUGCCACCAUCUUCCCGUCAGAGCUGCGUGCCCAGCAUCCUGAACACAUCUGCUUACAAUUGGAGGGAGCUGAAGGUCAAAGCAAUGUGAAAAUAUCUCUAACGUUGAAUGACAAGGAGACCAUCCUCGUAGAAAAAGACCUCCAUGGAGACAUAUUUAAUUGUCUUGUCUUUCAGGUUCCCAAUCCUGUUGAAAAUGAGGCAGUCGGUACAAUAACUCUCUCUCUUAAAAGCUCAGGGGAAUCCCAUACCAACAGUAGUAAAGUUCUAGUAAAGAAGCAGCUAUCUAAAAUUCUAGUCCAGACAGACAAAGCCGUGUACAAACCAGGACAAACUGUAAAAUUCAGGAUUCUGUCCCUUAACGAAGAUUUUAAACCAGAAAAUAUUUUGAUCCCGGUGGUUAAAGUACAGGACCAAGACAAAAAUAGGAUUAAUCAAUGGUUAAAUGUGAAACUCAAUCAGGGAAUUGCUGAGCUCUCCUUAGAUCUGUCACCUGAGCCCACACUGGGAGAAUACACCAUUAAACUGAAAGAUAUAUCUCAUACCUUCAGUGUAGCGGAAUAUGUACUUCCAAAAUUUGAGGUCAAUAUCAAGUUACCUAAAUAUGUUCUGUAUAACAGUGAAAUGUUUCCAGUUGAAGUUUGUGCCAAGUACACAUUUGGAAAGCCAGCACAAGGGGAUUUUACAGCUUCUAUUUGCCGUGAAUCUUUUUCAUAUUAUUAUAUGAGGAGGGGUUCAAAUGAACCCGCAAUAUGUGCUAAUUUCACUGGAAAGCUGGACAGAUCUGGUUGCCAUACCAUUGAUGUAAAGUCUGGGGUGUUCAGGAUGAACGAAAUUAACAAGAGAAAUGAACUGAAAGUUGCAGCUUCUGUUACAGAGGAGGGGACUGGGGUGGAGCUAUCAUCAAAUGGCCAAACCAGUAUAUCAAAUGUCAUCAAUAAACUGUCUUUUGUCAAUGCUGACACUAACUACAAGCCCGGCAUCCCUUACAGUGGUUUGAUCAAAGUGGAGGAUGCUGCAGGUCUUCCUAAACCAAACAUUAAACUUAAUCUGAGAUGUGGCCCAGAUUCGGUGUGCCAGACCUUACUGACCGAUGAGAAUGGCCAAGCUUAUUUUACUCUGAAUACAACCAACUGGAAAGGCUCCAAGCAUUUGUCGGUGCAAACAGACAUGCCCAGAGAACCAUAUGUUAAGGGUGUACAUCAGCCUGAUUUUGGUUUUGCCUUGCAACAUGUUGUCCAAUUCUACUCUCGGAGCAAGAGCUACUUGAAACUUAAUUCUCUGGAUGGUGUUCUUCCAUGUGAGGGCCAUCAAAAGGUUCAUGUGGAAUACAUCAUAAGUCACACAGAGCUGGAGGAGGUCAAGAAAGUGUCCCUGCAUUACCUGUUGGUUUCCAAAGUUUCUAUUAAAGACUCAGGGUCAGUGGACAUUAACAUUGAAAACACUAAUGAAGAUAUCCAUGGAAAAGUUACUUUUAACCUUACUUUGAGUGCAAGCACUUCUCCGUUUAUUCAUGCCCUUGUUUACAUCAUGCUGCCUAAUGGAGAAAUGUUAGCAGAUAAAGCAAAAUUCACUGUACAAAAAUGUUUCAAGAAUAAAGUUUUCAACCUCUUUCCCUCCUUUGAUUUUGGAUGGUAUGAUAAUCGUGUCCAGGAAGAUGAACCUACAUGUGGAUUUCUUCCACUAUUCAUGCUUUUUUUCCCUGAUUCCUUUAUUAGAAGGCCAAUAAGACCAUGGUUCCCCAGAGAUGAGACUGUGGAUGUAUACAGCAUGUUUAAGGCCACGCGUUUAAAAAUAAUAACCAGUGCACUUAUUAAGAAACCUGUAAAGUGUCAUGAUUUUGUAGUUACCAAUGACAGAACAUCUGAAAGAACUAUGCUUGUUGCUUCUGCCCUUCCUGGACCCGCAGGCGCACAGCCUGUAUUAAAAGAUGUUGCAGUAGACGGCUCAUCAUCACAGCCAAUGCCAAUGCCAGAAGAAAGUGAAAAAGUAAGAACAGAUUUCCCUGAGACCUGGAUUUGGGGACUUGGUGCUCUUGGAGAAUCUGGAAGAACUGAAAUCCAUCGUAAGGCUCCGGAUACCAUCACUGACUGGAAUGCAGGAGCUGUAUUUAUGGGACCCAGUAGAUUUGGCCUCUCUCCAUCAUCCUCGUUAAAAGUUUUCCAGCCGUUCUUUGUUGAACUUACCCUCCCGUACGCUGUUGUUAAAGGAGAGUCAUUUAUCCUUAAAGCCUCAGUCUUUAACUACCUGAAACAAUGUAUAAAGGUGCAAACCACCUUGCAGACUACUGAUGAGUUACAAGAGAAGCCUUGUGCUGAGUGUGAAUAUAGCAGUUGUAUCUGCGCAGAGGAGAGCAAAACCUUCUACUGGAACAUAAAAGCCUCCAAACUAGGAGAAGUGAACAUUACUGUAAAGACAGAAGCUUUGGACACAAAAGAAUUAUGUGGAAAUGAGAUGCCUGUUGUGCCUAAACAAGGCAGAACUGAUACCAUUGUAAAGGCAGUACUUGUACAAGUCCUCCUGGGUGUCCUGGUGGAGAAAGCACAGAGCUCUCUGAUCUGCAUCAAAGAUGGAGGCCAGCCUAAAGUAGAAGAGAUAUCUCUGAAGAUCCCUGAUAAUAUUCUAGAGGAUUCUGAAAGAGCUUACAUAACAGUGUUGGGAGAUCUCAUAGGCACAGCUUUGCAGAACCUUGAUCGUCUUCUAGCCAUGCCAUAUGGAUGUGGAGAGCAGAACAUGGUUCUCUUUGCUCCUAAUAUCUAUAUCUUGAAUUAUCUGGAGAAGACUCAUCAACUGAACAGCGAAAUCCUGAGCAAAGCCAAGAAUUUCCUGGAGAGCGGGUAUAAGCGUCAGCUGACCUACCAACGUGAUGAUGGGUCAUACAGUGCUUUUGGAAAGAAUGACAAAGAAGGAAACACAUGGCUGACUGGAUUUGUAGUGAAAUCUUUCAGCAAAGCUCGACCUUAUAUCUUUAUAGAUGAAAGUCACCUGAACCAUUCCUUCUCCUGGCUGCAAAGAAACCAACAAGACAGUGGAUGUUUCAGGAGUGUGGGAAGACUUUUCAAUAAUGCCAUGAAGGGGGGAGUAGAAGAUGAUAUUUCACUUACUGCAUAUAUUAGUAUUGCCCUUUUGGAAGCUGGGAUAGAUGUGCAGAAUUCCUUAGUGAGUAAUUCUCUGUCCUGUCUGAGGAAAGCCUCUGUGGAUGUCAGCAAUGUAUAUACCCAAGCUCUACUGAUCUACGCCUUUACAUUGAGUGGGGAUAAUGAACUCAAGAAAACUUUAAUGGACAAACUGGAGGAUAAAGCAGUGAGGGGAGAUGGACAGCUGCACUGGAAGCGGGAUUCCACUCCUCCUUCUGAAGACACAAACUGGUACAGAGCUCCAUCAGAAUCGGUGGAGAUGAGCUCCUAUGUGCUUCUAGCAUAUCUGUCUGGUCUAGUUCCAGAUACAGGCAAAGCUGCAAAAAUUGUGAACUGGUUGACCAAGCAGCAGAACCCAUAUGGAGGAUUCUCUUCUACACAGCAGACUGUGAUUGCUCUUCAGGCCCUGGCUAAGUAUUCAGAGGUGACAUUUUCUGACAAAGGAGACAUGACUGUGGCAGUCAAUUUCAAAUCGGGAUUCCAUGAGCAAUUCCAUGUGGACAAGAAUAACCGUCUCCUACUCCAAAAGGCAACUCUAUCUAAUGUUCCUGGGGACUACACUGUGACAUCAACGGGGAGUGGUUGUGUCUUUGUUCAGGCCGUAUUAAGGUACAAUAUCCCUCCUCCAAAAGUUGAGGCCAUCUUCUCUUUAAGUGUAAAAUCAUCUUCAAGAAGAGAAUGUCUGGGGGAUCCUGUGUCGAAAUUUGAAAUUCUUAUAACCACCUCUUAUACCGGUACUCGGGAGAAAUCGAACAUGGCCGUUAUUGAAGUCAAGAUGUUGUCUGGCUACAUUCCGGUGAAGAGCACAGUAAAGAAACUGGAGCAGGACAAGUUAGUAAAGAGAAGUGAAAUCCAGACUGAUGUGGUGACUUUGUACUUGGACCAGAUUGACCACAAUCCAGUAAACCUCUCCUUCACCGUGGAACAGAACAUUGUGGUGAAAGACCUAAAACCAGCUACAGUAUACGCAUAUGGUUACUAUGAGACAGAUGAACAUGUUUCUGUGGAGUACAACCACCCUUGCAGUAAUGCAGAAAAGUCUGAAAAUUCAAGAUGAGACCCGGUUGUACCAUUUGUAUCAGUACCUACAACCCUGCACCAGAAGCAAAGAUCCUGAUAAAGCAAUAACGCUGUCAUAGUAACAAUAAGAACACUAAAUAAAAUAACAAACACUUGUCUCACAUCGUGUAGAAAUAUGCUUACUUACUCUGUUCAACUGGCUAGUAGUCU